AUGGAGAGAAGCCCCAACGGACGCGUGCCUCUGAGCUGGAGACAUGUACAACAAUUUGAGACGAGAUCCCCGAAAAGCAUACAAGCCGCCCUACUACGAGGAGAGGAUACGCUCUCCACGCACUCCGUGGCGAGUCGCCUUUCCAACGCAAAAAGCUCUUACUCCGCUACCACGUUCCAGAGCUUCGCCACAUCCAAUUACUCCGGGUUCUCUGCAGCAGGUGAUUUGAGCAGGAAGAUGAAAAAUAAAAAACAUCACGUGCAUCCGAGCGAGCUAGACCCUACCGUGGCUUAUGACGUAGAGUGGGUACACGACGAAUUGGCUCUAUCCUGUAUGGUGUGCAUGGCCGAAUUCUCCCCUCUAAUGCGCCGAAAGCACCACUGCCGCGCCUGCGGGCGUGUGGUGUGCUCAGGAUGCUCCAGUGCCCGUGUCCUGGUUCUAGGUCUGCGAGGCCUCCAAAAGGCCUGCACGGAUUGUGUGCGCGGAGCGGAGAAAUUGAGGGCCUGUGAGAGCAUCAGCGAGGACUCCGAGGGAGGUGUCCGGCUGACAGAAGAGCAGGAGGAAAACGACGCUACCAUGGAAGGCUUGAAAAAGAACGAGAUGACGAGGGAAACGGAACGCAGCCCGGGCCGCGUGUGUGGCAGCAACAGCUCGACCCACGUGGAACGCAAAGUAGAAGGCGACAAACAGGAGGAGCGACAGCAGGCUCUAGAAAAUGACGACGAGCCCUUCCCGCAACAAGCGGGCAAGAAGAAAAAGCAGCGAUCAAAAGACAAGACUUUCUCCACGGCGAGCAUCGGUCUCCUGGCCGUGGGGUGCACAGCCCUGGCGAUAGGCUCAGCACUAGCUAUGAGCCCCAAACUGCUCUCCGGUAUCAUGGGCCGCUUUAAGAGAUAA